GUGGCUCUUUUUUUUGUUCCUGAAUUUACCAAAAGAAGAAAGAGAUUAGGACUACUACUGUGAGAAAUGGUGAGAGGGAAAACUCAGAUGAAGAGAAUAGAAAAUGCAACAAGCAGGCAAGUUACCUUUUCAAAGCGAAGAAAUGGACUGCUUAAAAAGGCAUUUGAGCUAUCAGUUCUCUGCGAUGCUGAAGUUGCACUCAUCAUCUUCUCUCCCAGAGGGAAGCUAUAUGAGUUUUCUAGUUCUAGUAUGAACAAGACCAUAGAACGGUAUCAGAAGAGAGAGAAGGAUUAUGGAAUAUGCAGCAAAGCAGCAUUAGAGGAAAAUAUGCCGAAUGUAAAGGAAGACGCUCACAGCAUGGCAAAGAAGAUCGAACUUCUCGAAGACUCUAAACGAAAACUCUUGGGAAAUGGAUUGGAACCAUGUUCUUUCAACGAUCUACAACUGUUAGAAAGCCAGUUGGAACGAAGCUUGAGCCGAAUCAGGGCGAGAAAGAAUCAGUUGUUUUGGGAGCAGAUUGAGAAGCUAAAGGGCGAGGAGAGACGCCUUGGGGAAGAAAACGCAAAGCUGCGAGAACAGUGUGGGAUGCAGCCGCGACAAUCACCAACAAGCCAAACGGAUGAACUCCACCACGUACAGAGCAUGGAGGUGGAGACGGAAUUGUUUAUAGGACCACCGGAGAGAAGAAGUGCCAAAAACCCUAGUGUUAAUUAGUUGAUGCUUUAAUUAAUAAUAAAGUGAUAUGAAGCUUCGAAACUUUCGGAAGGUUCAAAUCAGGUACCUUUUUCUCCCUUUUCCAUCUUGAGUUAUGGUGACAAAAUAAAUUGUUAAUAUUUAUAGUUGUUGUAACAAAAAAAGAAAGAAAAGGGGACCAAAUCAAGAAAAUUGUGUGAUUUAUCCUAAAAUAUCAUGUGUGGAAGAGUUGUAUGUAACUUACUCAGAGAUUAUUUUUAUUUGUACUAUUUUACUCAAAAAUUGAAAAUUCUCAACAAACAGAAAAAAGUUGGGACUUUUUCAAUUUUUUGAGAUUAAUAUUUGUUUCAUUUA